CCCACAUAUCCAGUUCUUUACUGUGAACUAUCGCAAAUAUGGACAGUGGAACCUCUAAGGAAAUCUCACAAGCCCCUAGUACGCCCAUAAAUAGUGGAACUGCUACGGAAAAGCCGAAAUGCAAGGCUUGUUGCGCCUGUCCGGAAACGAAGCGCGCACGUGACCAAUGCAUUGUAGAGCGCGGCGAAGAGAACUGCAGCGCGCUGAUCGAGGCACACAAAAUUUGCAUGCGCAGUGCCGGUUUCAAUAUCUAGAAUUUUCAAUAAAGCAGCAUUAUAAGCAUUAUAAAAUUAACAGCCCAUUAGUCUU